AUGAGAGAGACCACCUUAAGAUAGAGAGGAGCUGCAUCAGCUUCAGCUAGAGAUGAAGAACGCAAUCCGAUGUUGCAUCUCUUGCAUUCUGCCAUGCGGAGCUCUCGACGUGAUCCGAGUCGUUCACUGCAACGGCCGAGUGGAAGAGAUCAGCGGCUCCAUCCGCGCCAGCGAUAUUAUGAAGGCUCACCCCAAGCAUGUACUCAAGAAGCCCUCUUCCUCGCCUUCCGAUCACGGCGGCGUCGUCCCUAAGAUUGUGAUUGUUCCUCCUGAAGCCGAGCUCCAGCGCGGCAAGAUUUACUUUCUCAUGCCAGUUCCGUCGGAGAAGACGACCAAGUCGAACAAAGUGAAGAAGAGAAAAGUCCAGGCGGGAAAUAACGACAACGCCAGCAACGUCGUCAUGAACAGUAUUUCCAUGACCAACCUUCUGAUAUCGGAUCAGUACUUGAGUGAGAUACUGUCGGAAAAGGUUUCUACGCAGAGGGAUCGGCGGCGAGGACGUGUCGGAGUGUGGAGGCCUCACUUAGAGAGUAUUUGCGAGUCACCAAGUGAUCUGUCAUAAUAUCGAUCACCAUACCGGCCGGUGAGAUUGUUCAUCCAUCUUCUUCUAUCUUAUGAUUCAUUUUGAAGGUGCAUCAUCCACUAGGGUUGCAACUGAAGUACUUCUAUUCUAUUCUUCCUAAACUUCUUUAAAUUUCUGGCUUUUUUCCCCUUCUUUUUC